CUCGUACACUCCAAAAACAUAGUUCUUAUGUUCCAGCGGUGAUUUUCCUCUCUCUACACUUUGAGCACAGGAGGUCAUUCUUUACCACUCCACUUGACUCUUCGAUUUUCCUGCACUAUAUUGUGGUAGGACAGUGGCUGCAUUGAUCUUGUCUCGAACGUCACCAUAACAAGAUGUCGACCAAGCUUCGAAUUCUCGUGCCCAUUAAACGGGUCAUCGAUUAUGCUGUCAAACCCCGAGUGAAGUCCGACCGGACUGGCGUCGAGACCUCCGGCGUCAAACACUCCCUCAACCCCUUCGACGAACUAUCGAUCGAAGAAGCCGUACGACUACGAGAGCGCAAACAACCCGUCGAAGAGAUUGUGGCCGUGACCGCCGGCCCCGCCAAAGCAGUCGAAACGCUACGAACAGCCAUGGCCAUGGGUGCGGAUCGAUCGAUACACGUCGAAGUGCCAGAAGACAAGCCUCUAGAGCCCCUCGGCGUGGCCAAGCUAUUGAAAGCCAUUGCCGACCAGGAAAAGAGCAACGUUGUGAUCCUAGGAAAACAAGCUAUUGACGAUGACGCGGGCCAGACCGGGCAGAUGUUGGCGGGACUGCUGAACUGGCCGCAGGCUACGCAAGCAAGCAAAGUCACCAUCGACAAUGAUCAGGUCACGGUGGAGAGGGAAGUUGAUGGUGGUACGGAGACGAUCAAGGCCAAGCUCCCGUUGAUCAUCACCACGGACUUGCGGCUCAAUGAGCCGAGAUAUGCUAGUUUGCCUAAUAUCAUGAAGGCGAAGAAGAAGAAGGUCGACAAGAAGUCUCUGGCUGAUUAUGGCGUCGAUGCUACUCCCCGCUUGAAGACCGUCAAGGUGGAGGAGCCUCCCGUUAGACAAGGUGGUGGUAAGGUCGAGGAUGUUGAUGGCCUCAUUGGCAAAUUGAAGGAACUCGGCGCUAUCUAAGCUACUGACAAAGCGAGUCUCUGACUCCAAGUCUGAUGUCAAACAUGAACGCGGUUUCUUGCCUGUCGUGGAGGCUGCUGUCACUGGGAUAAUUAUAUAAAAAUGUUUGGGUACAUAAAAGAUGACACCACCAUUAUGAGGACAAGAUCUCUUGAUUGUCGAGGAAAAAGGUCCCUGAUAUCAGCGUCUGUUUGACAGCUGGGUCGCGAGCAGCCUCGUGCAUCAUGCAUAAGUCAUACAAACAUGAAAAUCCAUUUCUGGACGCUUGAGCUACCAGCAUUUACAGGAUUCAUUAAA